AUGUCCGCUCCCAGUGUACCAAUCGCCAUCAUUGGUAUGAGUUGCCGCUUUGCUGGUGGCGCCACCGAUCCCGAGAAGCUCUGGCAACUCUGCGCCGGGGGAAGAACAGGGUGGAGCGAGAUUCCAGAAGAUAGAUACAACAUCGAUGGCCACUACCACCCCCGGCCCGACAAUCUGAACACCACCAAUGUGAAGGGAGCAUGUUUUCUUGACGAAGACGUUGGGAAUUUCGAUGCCACGUUCUUCAAUCUGCCCGCUGAGACGGCUGCGUGCCUGGAUCCGCAAUUCCGACUCAUGCUCGAAGGUACCUACGAAGCUUUUGAGAACGCAGGACUCACCAUGAGCGAUGUCGUUGGCUCCGACACAUCCGUCUAUGCAGGCUCAUUCUUCAAAGAUUAUCACGAUGCUGGACUUCGCGACGUCACCACAUUGCCUCGUUUCUUUCUCGUUGGUGUUGGGUCUGCCAUGGCAUCGAACCGUCUGUCUCACUACUUCGACUUACGGGGAGCCUCGAUGUCCAUCGAUACGGGAUGCUCGACAACACUGACUGCGCUGCACCAAGCUUGCAAUGACCUCCGAAAUCAUGAGUCGACAAUGUCCGUGGUGUCUGGAGCCAAUCUGAUGCUCAAUCCGGAUAUGUUCAUCACCAUGUCCUCAAUAGCAUUAAUCUCGAAGGAUGGCCGAUCCUUCGCGUUCGACAGUCGCGCGAACGGAUAUGGACGCGGCGAAGGAGUGGCGACCCUCGUACUGAAGCGCCUUGAUGACGCGCUCCGCGAUGGAGACCCUAUCCAAUGUGUUAUCAAAGAGACUGGCCUGAACCAAGACGGGAAAACGGAGACCAUCACCACACCAAGUCAAGCGGCGCAAAUUGCACUCAUGCAACGUGUCUACAAGAAAGGUGGCCUCGAUCCGAAAGAUACUGGCUAUUUUGAGGUUCGUUAUCACGUGAUCCUGUGA